GGUGCUACUUGCGUCGCUUGACAUGUGCUCGCCCGUCUAUAUCAUCAACCAAUGUGAGGAGCGACUGGAAUGCGAGAAGGCGGAUGGUUUUACCUCUUUCGUACGACACGCUUUUGCUUGUGUCAGUAGUGGAUAAUGCGCCGUACCGGGAAGCGAUGCGAGCCAGAGUGCGGUAGGGGUAGCCUUAGCCCAACCUCUACUGAUCUUUCGGUAUGCAUUGAGCAGCUGGGGAUCCGAAGCCUCUUCGAGACCUCGGAGGAGCCUGCAACUCCAACCACCGUCUACCUGCCGCCUCUCUCGACGAUCACCGAGGCCGUAAGGGAGGACUACGAAGAAGACGACUUCUCGGAUGUCAAGUCGACGGCGGCCACAGUCGGGGUCGACGAAGAUGACGGAGAAGAUGGAGAGCGAGGGCGCCAUAUGUCCCGUGGUCCCCGCUCGCGUGUCUGUUCGCCUCCACCUCCCGGACAUGUCAGGAUCGGCAACGAGACCAUCGACGGGAUUCUGUUCGUCCAAAUUCGGAACCACUCCUUCGAGCCGAAACAUCUCUACAAGCUCGCAAACGACACUGCCAGGCGGCCGCGUACGGAGCGCCACGCGCCACCGAGCGACGCGAGUGUCUACAGCUCGGACGAAGUCCCCAUGGAGGAAGCCUAUCCCGACCUCUUCUCCAUCGUCGACCCGCUGUCCAAGUAUUUCAAGGUGCUCAAUGGCCAGUGCCGCGAUCUGGAAACCCUGCGGGACCUUGCGGAGUGCUUGGCAGCAUACGUCACCAACCUCGUAUGGCUUCAGCGGGAGUACGAGUGGCAGGCUGUCUUAGAAUACCACCUCGCCUUCCACCGUAAGCGUCUUCCAGAGAUGCGCGGCGGUAUCUAUUGUAAGUGGUUGACGAUCGACGAGGUGCUGAAGCACAAGCUUCUCGAUUGCUGCAAAGAGCGUCAAACUCCUCGCCGUUUGUGAGGGUGUUCGGUACAG